CAUCUUUCUCAUCCCCAACAUGAAGAUGAUUCUACGUAAAAGUCUUACGAGUCGUCUCGAAGAUGAAGACGAUUCUGCAUUUAUGUCAAACUCGAAGAUACACACGUGUUUUGAGUUUCCUUUUGUUCGGUUCAUUCCAGGAAUCGAAGUGUGGUUGGUUCAUAGAACCCAUCUCAAAGUGGAUGCAAUGCACACAAGGUGUUCGAUACAAUUCCCCAAUGGGUCAAAUAUUGGUUCCCGGUUGUUUUUUUUUUUCUCAUCACGUGACACUCACGUGGUAAAGCCAGCCUCUUGAUCCGUUGCUAUUAUAUUCUGUUAUCUUCCCGCUUCUUCACUCAAGAAGAAAAGAAAACAAAAACUCUCCAAGAAACCUACAAGAAUCCUUGAGAAUCGUCUUCUAUGGAGGGUACAGUCAUCAUGACAGACGACGAGGUCAGGAAACGCUUGAAAAAGGCUGACGCUCUCGAAGCCAAGGGAGAUUACAGCAGGGCCUUGGAGAUACUCGAUGAUAUCAUCUCAGUCUUCCCGGAAGACCACGAGAACUCAUUGCUUAUUCGUGUAAGAGAGGCCAACAUGUUCUUGCUUCUAGCGAAGAAGAGAUCCCAGAGCAACGACAUGGCGGUCACCUACUACUUGGCUGCUGCAGGAUGUUUUUUAGGAGACGCGCGGGUACCGGUACUUCGCACACAGAUGCUCAACAGACUGGGCAAGGCUCUUGGUUCGGUGUUCUAUUUCAAGAAAUGCAUCCGCAGUGGUAAAGAGGGUUUCGCUUCUGCUCUUCACCCAGUCGAGGACAAAGAUAAGGAAGAGAUUGAGCGUUUGAUCAACGAGUCUGAGCUGAUGAUCGCUGAGUCCAAGACUAGUCCGAGUAUAGAACACGGCAUGGAGAAAGUUUUUGAUUCAAAGAAUAGUCCAGAACCGCCGCGUGGGGAUAAGGUUGGGGAGUUGAGGUCGUUCUGGAUGGGUUUGGAUGUUAAGGCCAAGAGAGGUUUUAUGAAAGUAAGCGUUGAGAAGCUUAGGGGUUUUGUCGAGGGAGUAUAUAAAAAAGAGGAAGCAGAUAUUUUGAAAAAGGUUAUCGAUAUUGCUAGGAAACAGAAAACAUGGAUGUCCUGGGUGUGUCGUACUAAAUGUUCGGACGUGUGCUCUAGUGCUGAAGAGUGCAAGACUCAUCUUGAAGAUAAACAUGCUGCGGAUUUUAAACCUUCUUUGGAAGUGUAUAUGGUCAUGAGGAUGGGGAGAAACUGGGUUAAUAAGAUAAAGGAUGGGGGAUGGGAGCCGGUGGAUACAGUAGUUGCGGUUGAAAUGAUCAAAACUCAGCUUGAAGAUGUGAAAGCGUUUACGUCUACAUCUACAUAUAGGAAGAAGGGAUGGUCAAACGAAUGGCCUUUAGCUGCGGAUGAAGAGCGGAGUGGUUUACUCAAGGAAAUCAAGUUACUCCUUGUGUCGCUCUGUGAACAUCAGAUUCUCUCCUGCAGCAUUCGAGACUGCGUGAUGCGUUUUCCGGUUAAGCAUCUUGGAGAACUUGAAGUUUCAGAAGAGAGUCUUAAGGAUUGUCACCUAGUGGAAACACCACAAAGCAUCUGUUUCCUUGAACGUGAUGAGCUUAAAAAAAUCCGAGGUUUUCUAAAGAAGAUCAAGUGUGAAAGGCAUGAUGGCACAGAUCAUGUUUGCAGAGCAGUGGACAGUCUGUUGGAUCGUAUUCGAAUUAAAGAAAGUAUCGAAUUUGACGAGCAGUUUUCGUUGCUGCUUCUGGAUAAAAGACUGUUGAAAAGCAAUAAUGCUGCUCCAUUUGAUGGUGAUGAUGAUGGGAAAAUCAAACUCAUCAAGGAUCCCGAUAGUCACUACGCCAAGGCACAGUCUCAGGGAGAUGAUAUGAUAUCCUGGUUACUUGACUACGCAGUGGAUAAAAGAUUUCCAAAACCUAUCAGGGAACACAAUCUCGAUACAUGGGUGGCUGUUUUGAGAGCUAUCCAGUUCACAUGUAGAGCUUUGGGAUCCAAAUAUGCAAAGAAAAAGCAGGUCUUAGGUUACGAAGCAACUCUUACUGUCUUGGAGUUCUUGUGUAUAAAUGAGGAUGAAAGAAGAAAGAUUGCUCAGGAAGAUCAGUUGAACAGCUAUGCAUCUCUUCUCUGCGACAAGUUUGAAAAGAGAGUCCCUGAAAAUACGCCCACUGCAAAAUUGUUCUUGUGUGCAGUACGAGAUGUUGUUUUACACGAAGGAAGGCAUCUGACGUUUGAUAUUCCAAACUUAGAAGAUUGCAUGAAUCUUAUACGCGAGCGAAAAGGUGUCAGCAAUGAUACAGUGCUGGGGUCAAUUAACGUUCUGAAAUCAGUGGUCAACGAAAAGGUUCUGCUAAUCGAUGCAAAGAUAUUGCUGAUUGAUAAUUCAAGGAUUAGAUUGCUAAAGAACCUCACAAGGCUUUCUGCUUUUGACAACCGUUCUUAUAUGCUUCAUUUUCUGAAACCUUUCUUGAUGAAUGAGAUUGUAAAUAUGGAAUCAAAAGCCAAGUCAGAUGCAGCAGAUGCAGCACAAGCAGAUCUUUUACUCGAAGAGGAGAAGGUGUCACAGGCAAACAAGAAGGAAAAAGCUAAAAGCAUUAAGAUAACUUCAACGAGCAUGGUUAGUCCUGUUGAGAAGGUGUCACAGGCAAAAAAGAAGAAGAAAACUAAAAACACUAAGAUAACUUCAAGCUUGUCCACUCCCGUUGAUAAGACUGUUGAAUACAAACCUUCUGUCGACCUUGAAACGGGAGGUACAUCUCAAUCACCAAAAACGAUGGAAGAAGAUUCCAUCACCAUGGAACCAAAAGAUGAUGUAGCGAGUAAAACAGGUCCACUGGAAAUUUCAUCCACCAAGGACAUUCAAGAGGAAGCUACUGACGUUAACACUGAUGAUAUGCAAAACAUGACUGGAGAAGAUUCAGUCCCUGAAAAUUUGGAGUCAGCACUUGGAGGAGCUGCAGCUACAUACAAUUCAGCUCUUGACAUGACGCUAAAGGCCCUCGUGAGCAUAAAGGUUCUUAAAGAAAAUGUUCUAAAGUACAAUAAGCAACCAGUUGAUGACAACCUGGAAGAACAAGUUCUAUGUGCGCUACAAAGUUUAUUCACUGCUGUUGUGUCAGAGGAAAUAAAAACUGAGGGAAUCUAUCGUCUCAUCUUGAGAGACUUACUCAUGUCUUUAGAAGAAGUUAAUUCCAUGUCGAGUGGUGCUGCUGAGGUACUUGUAACCGUCCUUGAGUUUUGGCAUUGCUGGGAAAACUCAGAAAGAGAAAGCUUGGUGACUCGCCUUUUCACGUUGGAGGAAAACGAAAGUAUGAGUUGUAGAAAAUGCGGAAGGAAGCCAAAUUAUCCAGAGCAGAGUUCUUAUGGAAUUGUUAUGGCUGCAGAUUCAAUCAGAGACCUUAAGUGUGCUUUUAGGAAUAUGAAGUUUGUGGAUAUCCUUAAGGUGAUGCGCAUGGAAUUCAAAAUGUUAUGUGACAUUAAAAUUGGGGGCUGUGGAACAACAAACGUUGUUCAUCACGUUAUAACUACACGCCCACCUAUCUUCACAAUCGUGUUAGAAUGGGAGAAGAGUGAAACUGAAAAAGAAAUAUCAGAAACGACAGAGGCUCUGGAGUGGGAGAUAGAUAUCAGCAGGCUGUACGAAGGCUUGGAACCAAACACUAACUACCGGCUUGUGUCUAUGGUUGGUUAUGGUGAAGAAGACGGAGAACACAUCUGCAUGUCUUAUGAAAAGAACCGUUGGAUUAAUGUCAGACGUGAGUCUUUAGCAGGAGAGGUUGUUGGCAACAGCUGGAAGAAUGUGGUUAGAUUCUGUGGUGAAAGGAACGUUCGGCCAGUGAUUCUGCUUUAUGAAGCUGCCUGAUCCAUGAUGGCUUAGCAAGUGUGAAAACCCAAGCAUUGAUUGAUGUAAAAUAACAAUGACAAAGUUUCAAUUGAGAAAAAAGUUAUUAUCUCUGUUCCAUAAUCAAUGAUGAAACCCAUUUUGUAGGACUUUAAUUACUAAGAGAAUGAAAUGAUAAGACUUGUAAUCAAA